AUGGAUCCCGGCGUCAUAUUCCAAAGCGUGGAGCUCUGUGCAGAAUGCAUUAUCUUCAUCAUCAACACUUGCAAAACAUACAAUGCCGCCGAUGAAGAAGUCUCGGAGCGCAUUGCUAUAGUGGAGGAUUGCUGGAACCGCACGCGACUCCAGUACGAAUUCGUCCAGUCGCUGACACCCAUUCUCGACGCAGAGCAUCGUCGUAUUCUCGAUGACGUCCUCGGUAUCCUUGCCUCCAAGCUCUCAUCGGCUGUCACCAGCCUGAAAGCCGUCCUAGAGAAACGAGAGAAGGAUGGCGGCGUUGAGUUAAGGUCCGGCUUCUUUGGUUUCUCUAGGGGAGUUCGCAAGGGCAAGUAUGCGUUUGUUAAGGACGCGCUGGACGGGGUGAUCCGAGACCUCGAGGAGUGGCAGCGGAGGUUCGAUCCGUCAUGGUACCUAAUCAUCCGCGUGGCAAGCCCAGCCAUUGACCGGCAGCUUCGAGAGUUCAAGGAGCAGAGCCAGCAACUCCAACUCCAGCCAGAUCAAAACCCGGCGAGAACACCGCCACGGCUUCGCCCCGCACCAGAGCAGCCAUCAUCCGGCCGCAGGAGGCUACAGCACCAGCAGCGCCAUCUAGAGUUCACCCUCGCUGCUGGCCACCAGGCAAUCACUUCUCCUUUCCUCCUGGCCGACGACAUCAGAACGGCCCUCGACCCUGAUAGCCAUCAAGACUCCGUCUUUUUCCGGGAGAUCUUUGACUUCAUGCCCAUCCCGUAUUGUCGAGCCAAGGUCGCCCAUCGCCGAGGGUCCAGCGAUCGGUGGUUCAUCCUCGACCCCAUCAUCUGCAGGCCAGAAAUGGACAUCGAGGUCAUGAAAAGCGACAUUCGCAUUCUGGCGCACAAGCUCUCCCGCGCUGACCCACUGGCUUUCGGUCUACUCAACUGCAAGGGCGUCAAUGGCAACGUUGAUGCCCGUGACCCAUCCCGCAUCCUCUCCUUCGACCUUAUCCUACGCAUCCCCAGCGGGAUGGAGGUGCCACAGAGCUUGCGCCAAAUGCUUCUGCUCUACCCAAAGGCUGAUGGUUCCGCCUUCUCCAUCAACCGCCGCCUCCGCAUUGCCCAGGAGCUCGCCCGGUCCGUCGGCUACGUUCACACCUUCAACUUAGUUCAUAAGAGCAUUUCUCCCGAGUCUAUUCUCAUCCUAGAGAACCUCGAGUCCUCGCGUAGCGCCACGUUUCUUGUCGGCUUCGACCAAUUUCGCUCCGCCGACGGCGACACCAACCUCUUGGGUGACUCCAACUGGGACCGCAACCUCUAUCGCCACCCCGCCCGCCAGGGCGACGCACCCGAAGAUGCCUACUGCAUGCAGCACGAUAUUUAUAGCCUUGGUGUCUGCCUUCUCGAGAUUGGGCUGUGGGAGUCCUUUGUCGGUUACCCAGCCGACUCACCGGCCCCCGAUGGACCACUCCGCGAUUUCUCGGCGAGAACAAUGCAACCCCAGCACUCUCCUGCUCCCCAACAAUCUUUCAGGGCGGGUUCCGGGAAUGUCCUUAGACCCUUGAGCGUCCAGGCGAAGGAGCAUCUGGAAGGGAUUGCGCGAACUAGACUCCCACAGACAAUGGGCGAGAAGUAUUCCAAAGUCGUGCUGGCUUGUCUCACUUGUCUGGAUGCGAAUGACGAGGACACUGCAGCACAGUCGUCGGCCGACCCGGAUGGGAUACUUAUUGGCUUGCACUUUAACGAGAGGAUUCUGGGACAGUUAAACGAGAUAGCAGUGUAA